UCUUUGUAAAAUAGAAUAUGCCUUGGGGUUGGGGAAAAUCUGAAAGAUUCGUCCUUUAUUUUUUUUGUGUGUGUGUGAGGAGACACAAUGGGCAAGGUUUUGGUAUACAAACGGAGAUAAUGGGAAAUCCGUUGGGCUUCUUGCCAUUUGGCCCAAAUUUUUGGAGGGAACCAAAUAAUAAAAAAAAAAACAAAUAUGGGACUGAAGUAUUAACGGAUAAAAGACAAGUAAAGAUCAUAGGAAGAGUAAGGAGUGAGUGAAUCUGCGACGCAUAAUCCAGAUUGCAUAAAGUAUAAAUGCGAUUUCAUUCAAUUUCCGGUUACGGUUCAGGCAACUCCCGCAGCAUUUAAAGACCCCCACCUGUCAAAUGCUGAAAAAUCCGUUAAAUUUUUUGAACGCCCAAUUUUUUCCACGCUCAAAAAUUUGUUCAAUGCGUGGAUUUUUAUGUUUGCUAUCGUUGCGAUUAACGAAAAUCGUCGAUUUGUAGCUGGUUUUUGCAAGAAAUUCGAUAUUUAUUCGAAGAUCUUUUGGUGACGUAGGCAACUAAAGAAGCAGAUCUGCUGUUUAUCUGUCAAAACCACAUGUUUCUGUAGUUCUUCGGUGUAGGGAUAGAGGGCUCGUUACCCCCUCCACCUGUACUGCGUCCAAUAGAAUUUCAGUAUUCUUAAAAGCUUGAGCAUUUCAAAACAACUGAUCAAAAUCGAAAAGAGAGGCAAACUCUAGAGAUCAACGAACUUUUUUUUAACACUGGAAGCAACCCAAAACUUUACUCACUUCCUGUAACUGGAAGCGUUUGGAGCACCGAGACCUUGAGGGAUUAUCAUUGAAGUACAGCAUCAUCUUCAUAGAAAAUGGCUCCAACAAAAGUAACCAGACCUAUAAUACCCACAUUAUCAUCUAGAGUGACCACAAGGAGUAAAGCCAAUAAUGCAAAUAUUAUAGUGAAAGGAAAACGAAAAGCUGAUGGAUCUCCUUCCAAAGAGACUGCUGUGAAGAGGUCAGCCCUUGGCGACUUGACGACGAACACUUUGGCAAAGGCCAAGAACGACGAUAAAUCGAAGAUCAUCAGCAAGAAUGCUGUUAGCAAGAAAGUGCUUGUGCAAGCGAGGGUGUUACCUUCCGUUCGGACUGUGGCGAAGCCAAAGCAGAAUGAGAACCAGGUGCCACCGGCGGCACCAGCACAGAAAAUCUUGACGAGGGCUUCGUUGCGUUCGAUCCCUGCGCCACCCAAUCAAACAGCGCAAAAACCGAAGGAAGCUGUUAAAGAUGUCGUCACGAGCAAAGUCAAGACGAGACUUAGCAAUGAGUUUGAAAAGACUGAGGAGUCCCUGUACUGCACCGCCUUGGAGGACGUCACCGUGAACGGGAGUGCAAACGCAAGCAACAAGUCCAAUGACAAAAUGUCCAUCACAAUGGUAGCCCAUCAGAUGGAGAAGCAAUUAAACUUAGGCAAUCAUAACGUCCCUGAAGACGUUAACGACUUUGACAGAGAGAAUUGGGACGAUGUCUUCCAGAUCUCUCAUUAUGCAAUGGACAUCUUCAAUUACUUGAAGGCUAGGGAAGCCACCUUCAUCACUAACGACUAUAUGGACCGUCAAGUCUGCCUCACCAGGUGGAUGAGAUCUCUGCUGAUCGACUGGAUGGUCGAGAUCCAGGAGUCGUUCGAGCUCAACCACGAAACAUUGUAUUUGGGUGUUAAACUGGUGGACUUGUAUUUGAGCAAGAUGACGGUCGGCAAAGAGACUCUGCAAUUAGUCGGUGCCGCUGCAAUGUUUAUAGCCAGCAAAUACGACGAGAGGAUUCCUCCUCUGGUCGACGAUUUCUUGUACAUCUGCGACGGGGCCUACACUCGCAAAGAACUGCUCAAGAUGGAAAUCAAUCUGUUGAAGGUGUGCGGUUUCGAUUUGGGAAUCCCGCUCAGCUACAGAUUCCUUCGCAGAUAUGCCAGGUGCUCUAAAGUGACAAUGCCCAUCCUGACUUUGGCCAGAUAUAUCUUGGAAUACUCAUUGAUGGACUACUCUACAGUCACCAUCUCGGACUCUAAGCUCGCCUCGUCCGCGUUGUACUUAGCAUUGAAAAUGAAACAGGUCAGCGGAUGGACUUCAACCUUAGAAUUCUACACCGGAUACAAACUGGAAGACAUCCUCAGCACCGUGCACGUCCUUAACAACGGUCUGCAUCGCAAACCAAAGGAACAGCUGAUGACUGUGAGGAACAAGUAUUCACACAAGAUCUUCUUUGAAGUGGCCAUGACGCCUUUAGUGAAAAAUGAAGACUUGAUCGUGUAGACGAAUUACCUUGUAGUUAAGUUUCUUUUUUGACUAGUGUUUAUUUAAUUAUUUUCUUUUUAAUAUUUUAAACAAAUUGACUGCAUCCUUCACCUUCACGUGCGCUGAGUUGCGUGUGAUCAUUAAAAACAAUCGACUAACGAAUCAACUUGAAAACCGAAGACACAUUGUACAAGAAUGGUUUUACCCCAAGAAAAUUUACACAACGCUAGACGCAACGACUGAGUUUCGUCGCGCCCCAAUUUUUUUUUAUAUAUAUAUGUUUGUUGUAUAAACAUUUAUUUUUUUUAAUUAUAUAUUAUUUUUUAUAAAGCAAUCUUCGCUGCCAUGUGUUAUAUAUAUAUAAUUAAGAAAGCUCGUUUUAACAAAAUAGUUAAGUUCUUAAGAUAGGUUUUUUUUGUUAUUGUAUUUAAAUAUAUUUUCUGAUAUAAAUUUUCUUUGGAAAAAAACUAUUAAACCCGUCAACGAAGCAUAUCGACAAGACGUUGAAUGAAAGAGAUAGUUAGAAGAAGAAGAAGAAGAAUGAAAAUGCGGAAGAAACUCGAGGACAAGUAUUAUUAGAUUUUCCUGCUCUUUGUGUAACUGAUUUUUUCCUUUAUAGAUGAUACUAAUAUGAACGUAUAUGUAACAGGCGUAAUUUUCUUUUCUUAAUAAAAAUUAUAAUAGUUCAAACAAAAUGCGAUACGUUAUGUAUUAUAAAGGAACGAUCUGCGCUUUUGUAAUUUUGUCGCGAUUGUAGCUCAAUACAAUUAAUUAAUGUUAGUUUAUCUGCGUCUUGUGAUAUCUCUGUUUAAAGGUAUCCAAAUAAAAUGAUUCCAGAUGCAAUCACGAUUUGUCGAGUCUCCCUCGUUCAGGCUAAGACACAACCUGAUAUGGAAAUCAUUUUAUUCUUAGUAGAUAUAUGCAAUUCUGAUGAAAUUAUCAAAAGUACAUAAGAGUUUAAAAAGAAAACUCGUUUAGGAUAAUU